AACGUUAACAAAAUCACUGAAAAUGGUGUCUUAAAACAAAAUCUUCCAUUUUACCAACUGUCUACAUCGAUGUGACACCAUGUCGUGACCAGGGAACACAUGAUGAAGCCAGUGCUACUGCCAAACAAAUAGACAGGACAGAUCUCACUAGACUGGUCUGGAAACCUACUUGAGGCAUGGCCUCCUUCCUGGACUUUACAUAUGAAUGCCUGUACCAUCUUAAUCAGUACUUCAAGGCAUCAUGGCCUGUCAGACUACUGUUCGGAUCUCACCUCAAACCUCCAUCUCAUGGAACAGAACUCAAAGUGCUCAGGGUGAUUGACCUUCUGAGGCACAAGAAGGACCCACAGGAAUCCAGCAUUGUCAAGUUGGUGAAUGAACUACCUGUAGAUGAAAACAUAUUAUGUGUUAAAGAUCAAGUUAAUGGGUACAAUUUACUGCAGCUUGCAGUGAUAAAUGGCCGCAAGGAUAUCCUUGUUCUCCUAGCCAAGAGCAGAGUCAUUCGAUACCACUCCAAGUGUAGCCCUCCUCUUCACCUAGCAGCACACCUUGGGUAUGAAGGCUUGUUAGAAAUUCUCCUGAAGAAUGGAGCUGAUGUGUGUGAAAUUGGAGGUCUUUGCUAUCCAGGUCAGCAUCAGGCAGUGAAAUAUUCCAAAUGGAUGGGAUUGUUAGAUCGGCCUGUAUUUGCAUGUCAAAAAGAACCAUCUCUGCCAGUGUUUUGUGCAAUAUCUGAGAACAAUAUUGGUUGUGUGAAAAUUCUUUUGACCCAGAUGACAGAACAAGGUAUACCACUGCCUUUGCCGUCAGUUCUUCUCCAUUUCUCCUGUCAUAAAGGAUCUGCAGAUUGUAUUGAGUAUUUCUGUAAAAAAUUCCCAGAGGAGGUGAACUCCAUAGACAAUGAAAGAGACACUCCUCUACUGGCAGCUGUUGGUUGGGGACAAAAGUGUGUGAGGAUUCUAAUUGAACAUGGAGCAGAUGCCAGAGGCAUUUCAAAAUUAGGUGAAACAGCUCUUCACAGACUGUACAGAAAUGAUAUUGAUGGACUUUUUACAAUCUAUGAUACAACAAAAUUUCUCCUGACAACUGGAUUGGAGCAGAUGAUAAAUGAGGUAAAUAAUGAAUAUGAAACUCCACUUCAUGUUCUCGUAACACAUGUCGGGUUUAUUGGUGGUCAUCUUCUCCACAAACAAGACGAUGGCCGGCAUGUGUCUCGCAGCGAGAUGCAGACCGACUAUCAAGAACAGGUGAUUGGUACAUUGCAGUUGUUGCUGCAGUUCAAUGCUGACCCUGACUGUGAAAAUCGUCUCAACCUCACACCCAUAAACAAGCUUCUACAUAUUGCUCUCAAAUCUUCCUUUCAGCAGCAACAGGCAGCAAUACCUUGCAUCUGUGACUCCAUUGAUGCACAGUAUUUAUACAAGAAUAACUUUGGCUACAUCAAAAAGGCAGUAGAAGUUCUGCUGAAGCAUGGAUCAAAUCCUAACUCGCAAUGUCAAGUUGGUCACACACCACUUAUUCUUAUUCUACAGUGUCUUUCAGAAAUGGAUAUUGAGGAUAUCUGCCUGGAACAGAAUGGUAUCCUGGAGACGAUAGAAAUUCUUUUGUGUCACGGAGCUGAAACAAACUUCAUGUACAUAGAGCAAGGUACUUGUUCCACAUUAUUGUCAGAGAUAGCCAGUCGCUACUUUGCUGGCCAGAGAUAUUUACCUGCUAUCAAGGAAGACAUGUUGGCUAAGUAUGCUCAGCUAGUAAACCAAGUGCUUGAACUUAUGUUGAAAUAUGGAAUGAAUCCAAAUCAUGUAUCGAGAAAAAAACGCAAACAUUUACAAGGUGGUUCAGGAAAUGCAUUAAUUGACUUUGUUCGAUUGGCUCAGCAAGCAAACACAACUUCAGACUUUGCAGUGAUAAGACUUUGGCUUUUGACACUGUUCCAGUGGGGUGCAGACCCUGAUUUAGAACCAUAUGCCUCGGAGCCCAUUAUCUGUCAUUCACAAAGCUCCAUAUUUCUGAAACACCAGGGCACCCAGGCUCUCAACCACUACAUUUAUGAGGUGAAGGAGUUUGACAGUCUUCUUGAUGACGGACAUGCCCAGGAUCUGCUGCUUCUCUUUUACAACACAAUGAAUCAUUGUGUCUUGUAUGACUGUCUCAGCAAUGCUAGAUUCAUGGCACGUUUCCAUCCAUUAGGUGCCACUGGACAUGACUUUGUCAAGUUGCUUACAAGACUCAGUGAGAACCCGAGAAGUCUGAAAGAAAUAGCACGUGUCUCCAUCUAUGUGGCCUUACAGAGAAACCUAGCUAGGAGAGUGCCUGAGCUACCAUUACCAAACCCAAUGAAAAACUACCUACUUGAGAUCCAGUAGGAAAUGGAUAAAAUAGUAAACCAAGCAUGUUCACACUCUUGUGCUUAUGAUUAAUCUAUUGUCACAAAUGUCAUAUUUACAUUGGUUGCUGCUGUGAUAAGUUAUCAUACAGUACCAUUGGCUGAUGAUCAGACUUAGCAGCAGCUAAUGGAACACACUUCCAAAACACAGAGUGAAUUGUACAAGUUAAAUCUCCUUGUCAGGCAUGCAUUUACCUACAUGAAUAAUCUUUGAUGUUUUUUACAUAUCAGCAAUUCAUGGACUUAUUUUCUGAUUAUGUAAAAUUGAAGAGAUGUGAAUUCUCCCUGUCUUCAUUCUGAGAAGUGAUGUAGCUUCUUCAUGUCUAGGUCAUAAUAUGUAGAUUGCUAACCAAUUGACUUCUAGUCUUAUUUAUUUGACCUUCUGACUAUUGUCAUAUUGCGAUAGCGCUCAGUAUCUUUUACUUUAUGAGUUUUCGGUCUUGUGUUCAUGGCAUACUUUUCCUCAAGAGUUCUGGUCUGUGUAAUUGAUAAUGCUGUGAUCUUUGAUAUCAGUAAUUGUCAAUGUCACAGGACUGUAACAUCAACACAACUAGAGGCAUUCAGAUGAUGAAAUAUUUAUUGGAGCAAUGUUGAUUAUUAGUCGGACAAUGACAUGUACCAUUUAAUAAUCAUGAAAUUCAAAAUUCUACACUCCUUUAAAUGAGUUUAUUUUAUUUAUUUAGAACUUCGUAUACUUCAUAUAAUAAUUAGUCAUUAUGUCGAAUAUUAAUCAUGGUUGUGAGAAAUCCAGAUUAUUUGAUUAUAAGCGAGUUGCUAACGCCUUGUAUUUGGAUGCUUUUACCACUGUUAUCGUUUUGUUGUAUGAUGUAAUCAGCUGUUUAUAUAUUAGUAAUGAUUUAAUGAUCAUUGAGAACUGCUUAUAAUUAAAAGUUGAAAACUUUAUUCAGAAUGUUAUUUCAGGAUUUCAGUUUCAUGAAUUGUCCUUGAAAUAGAGUUUUUGAAAAUAAACCGAUAAAGUUCAUUUUUAUUUAUUUUUAUAAAUCAACCGAUCCUGUUCACAGAGUUCUGAGAAUACUGUAGAUUCGACCUUGUAUGAUGUCCUUAGAGAAAGGUCUACAUUUGCAUGUAAUUGGUAUGUUUCUUACCUGUGAGAAGUGACAGUAACUUGUAUGCAUCAGUAAAUGAAGACUAUAUAUACAUGUAACUGUUAUAUACUAGGCGUCUUCAAUUUGCUCAGAUUAUGCUAAGCUCAUAAAUCAUUUGUCAGUGAAAUUUGGUUUACAAGCUUGUAUCCUAACCUGAGAUAUGGAUUUAGUAGUGGGUAGAUUUAUUUUUUUUAAGAUUUUAAACAGACACAAUGGAAUGUUUACAUUGGUUAUGAAGAUCUACUGUGUAUAUGUAUUAGAUAAGGUAACAUGAAAACACUACUUCGUAGAAAUUUUGGGUUCAUCUUUUUAUAUCUUGGUUGUUAGAUUUUAUCAAUAUGAUCAGCAUAAUAGUCUCAUGCUGUAGAUAGUUUGAUGGAUCUAUUCUUUCUAUACAGUAUUCGAUCAAUGUUGAAAAAGAAGUGAUAGAUGGGGCAUACCAAUCUUCAAAAGAAAAUCUUAUUUGGUAUUGAUGGAUUUUAAUGCAAUUGGCAAAAUAUUUAUAUACAAAGGGAAAUAACCUUUAAUAAUAAUUCUGAAAACAUGGUUAAUAAUUCAUGGGAUUCUUCAGCGAUGGUACAGGUCUAAAAAAAGUAGCGAAUAGAAGAAACAUUGAGAAAAUGAAAUAUUGGCAUUUUUAGAAUAAAUAAACACAAACUAAAUGUAAACUCUUUACCCUGAGACAGCUUUCAUAAUGAUGACAAAUGGAUGAUGAUUAACCACCGAAUGGCAGAGUUCUGCAAUGACUUCAAUCAUAAUAACUUCCUCACACUUCAAGGGCACUAGUAGUUACACAAUAUUUCAUUCAAUGACUCAAAAUGUUAAUAUAUUGUUUUGAUGUGGAAACAAGAUUAAAUCUUAGUUUAGAAAUGAUUCAUGAUGAUAAACACAUUUCCGGUGCAUGCCAUCUGUUUAUGUGUUGGCUCAAUGUUUUGGUUUCUUCAGUUUUUCUUAAUAGUAUGAUUCAAUGAUUAAAGUUUAAUUAAGAGAAAAUCAUGUUUUUGGCAUUGAAUUGAUGAUUGUUUGAGACAAAUGUAAUGAUCCUUUGCUUAUUUUCAGUAGACCUCUAUGUCACUCUUGGUUUGAAACUGUAUGUGUUGUGCGAAAGUCACAAUAAAAUAUCACAAAGAAGAUAAA